AUGGGCCUUCCAUCUCCCGUGCGGGAACAUACCGAACAGCUCCCUCAAUAUGACAGUAGCGACAAUGAUAGCCUGAAAUAUACCACUGAAGUGGGUGGGAACACCUCUAAGGCCACAUACCAGGAAGCAACGGGAGCGCCCGUCGAGGUUAAUUCCCCGCUGGGGUAUUCGGUCGGUUGGGUUACUGUGAUUUUCUUGAAUUUGAGCAAGAUGAUUGGAACUGGAGUCUUUUCAACACCAUCGACCGUCCUCAAAGGCGCUGGCUCCGUUGGUCUCGCGUUGAUAUAUUGGGUCAUUGGAUAUUUGAUGGCAUCUAGCUCUCUAUCGGUCUAUAUGGAAUUCGCAUCUUGUUUCCCCAGUCGGUCUGGUUCGGAGGUUGUCUACUUGGAACAGUCGUACCCCCGACCCAAGUACUUCUUCCCUACUGUGUUUGCGAUGCAGACAGUGCUUUUCUCGUUUAGCAGUAGCAAUGCCGUUGUACUGGCGCAGUAUCUUUUUAAACUUGCAGAUUCCGAUUUUACUCCAUGGAAAUUAAAAGGAGUCGCUGUGGCUUGCUACACAGUUGCGGUAUUGGUUCUGGCAUUUCAUACUAGAUGGUCUUUGAGACUCGCAAAUGCUAUCGGGAUGGUUAAGUUAGUGACAUUGAUAUUCAUCGCAAUAUCUGGCUUAGUCGUUCUUGGAGGCCAUACAGCAGUGAAAGAUCCUAAAGCAAAUUUUAGGUCUGCCUUUGAUGGUACUAAUGCUGCAACAGCCUACGGGGCAACCAAUGCAUUGACCAAGGUCUGGUUCUCUUAUGCAGGAUAUGAAAAUGCCUUCAAUGUCGUCAAUGAAGUCCGGAAUCCUACCAAAACCUUGAAGUGGAGUGCUCCGCUCUCCCUGGGUUUGACGGCAGUUCUAUACAUUCUGGCAAACAUAGCCUAUUUUAGCGCUGCGUCCAAGGAAGAAAUCCUAGAAUCCAAGGUCGUUGCGGCUGGUGUCUUUUUCGAGAAGGUAUUUGGAACUGGUGGUGCUGCUUCGGCACUGAAUUUCCUUAUUUGCAUGAGCGCUUUUGGAAAUCUUCUUGCUGUGCUUAUUGGACAAUCCCGAAUGCUGAGGGAGUGUGGAAGACAAGGUGUUUUGCCCUUCACUUCAUUUUGGACUUCGACACGGCCAUUCGGAACUCCACUUGGUCCAUAUUUUGUGAAAUGGAGCCUCACCGUAGUGAUGAUCCUGGCACCGCCUGCGGGUGAUGCUUUCAGUUUCGUUGUGGAUCUUGGAGUCUACGCAGCAAGCUUCUUUGGCUCGAUACUCACAAUAGGCUUGGUUAUCACUCGAAUUCGUCGUGCCCGCCUUAAUCUCCCGGCGCCAGAAUACAAGGCCUGGAACAUUACGGUCGCAUUCGCCAUUCUGUCUAACUUAUAUAUGGUUGUGAUGCCGUGGUAUCCGCCAAGUACUGGAGCCAAUGGAGGCGACGUGAGCUUCUGGUAUGCAACAUAUUGCGCGGUUGCUCUCGGAAUUAUUGGGGUCUGUGGAGUGUACUAUUACGUUUGGAUCAAGCUUCUUCCUAGAAUUCAAGGAUUCAAGUGGGAGCAAACGGUUCUCAUACUGGAUAAUGGUGCUGUGGCACAUCAGCUUGUUAGGGUGCCUAAGAGAAAUGAUUAA